AUGCUUCCAUUGUACCUCUUAACAUCAGCGAAAAACCAACCGAUCCUAGUUGAAUUAAAAACAGGAGAAACAUACAAUGGAAACCUAACCAAUUGCGACUCAUGGAUGAACCUCACCCUCCACGACGUCAUCCAAACCAACUCUACUGGAGAUGAGUUUGAGAAAAUUCCAGAGAUAUAUAUCAAGGGAAUGCACAUCAAGUAUUUGCGCAUACCUGACCAAACCAUGGAUCGGGUCAAGGAGCAACAACAAUUGUACCAUCAUCAACAACAACAACUGCAACUGCAUCAUCAGCAGGGACAAUACCGCCAUCAUGGUGGCGGUGGCGGUGGUGGUGAUAGCAGGAAUAGGUUUAUUAAGAGAAGAGGUGAUGGUGGUAGUGGUGGUAGUGGCAGUGGGAAUGGCCGAGAUGGUAGAGAUUAUAAUCGUAAUAAUAACAACAAUAAUGGAAAUGGUGAUCGUGGUUCGAGACAUGGCAGAGACGGCGGAAGAGGUAGAGGACAGCAAGGUGGUGGUAAUAGGCCAAAUAGUAAUCGUCAGGGUAAUGAAUAG